UGUAAAGAGAUUAAAUCUCUUUAAAUAAUCUCCUUGAAAUUGCCGCUGGCUGUAACGCAAUAAUUGUUUUGUUUUUUUUUUCAAGUGUCAAAGUUGACAUCUGACACUUGAUUAUUUUAAGUUACGUAGACUAAUUUGUAUUUUAUAAUAAUAUUUCUAACUGGCUUAAAAAUAAGCAUAAAUGUCGUUUCUUUGAUUACAGAGCAACACAUAAUCUUAUUAUAUUAGCCAAAAUCCAUAUAAAUCUUAUAAAACGACAUAUUUAUAUACAAAAGUCGCUUAGAAAUGGAGAAAUUACGAUUUGAAUUUACAUUACUGCCAUCAGAAGACCGAAAAUCAAAUAUUUUGUGCAUAACCUCAAUCACUACAAGUGAGAACAAAAUAUAUGCUAUACCGCUGGAACUUCAAGCUGCUGCUUAUCAUAAAGAAAUAACAAAAACAACUGCUUAUGCUAAAAUUAAAAACAGUUUGGCAAAAAGACAUCAGAUAAGAAGAGUUUGGAUAACAAUGACGGAAGAACUAAGUAAGAUUUAUAUGGAUGAAGACGGUAAUUUACAGUUUGGAAAUCAGUAUUUAGAAGAACUGGACCAUCAAGAAAAAAUUGCUGUCUCACAUCAAGAAGGAACGAGUACAUUAGAAAAGUUAUUAGAGAAAUUUAUGGAAAAAACACAGGAAAGUAAACAUCAAAGCUUAAAACAUAUUGCAGAAAAGUUUGUAAUUGAAAAAUUUACAAGCAAAAAUUCAAAUGCAAACCUGUGGAUCGAUACUUUUGAAAAAGAAUGUGAACGUUUCGAAGUAACAACAGAUGAGAAGAAGAUUGAGAUAUUGAGAUUAUUUAUGGACAAGAGUUGUGCAGACUGGUACAGUUCCAUGCUAAUAAGAUUUACAAUGAAUGCAGAAUGGUCAAUGUGGAAAGCAAAAUUUUGUGAAACAUUUACAAACAAAGGAUGGAACCCAGUAACAUAUGCACUAUUAUUUAAAUAUAAAGAUGGAUCAUUGUUGGAUUAUGCUAUAAGGAAAGAAAAACUUUUACUGGAUAUGAGAAGAACAAUAGAUACUGGUACCUUGGUGGAUCUUAUUGCAACUGGUUUACCAGAAUUUAUACUAAAUAAGAUUAAUAGAGAAGCAAUUAAAGACACCAUUGAUUUAUUCAAUGAGGUAAGCAAGUAUGAAAACAUGAUAAAUAAACAGAGUUAUGUUGUAAAAAGAAGGUAUGGAUAUGCCAGCCAAAGCCAAAAUCUAGCAGAGAAAAUUGAGGAGAAAAAAGCAUGUAAAAUAUGUGAGAAACUUAACAAAGGCACACGUUAUCAUCCUGAAGCUAUAUGUUGGUUUAAAACAAGAGAAAAUGAAAAGAUGAAAAAGAACUUCAUUAAACACGUAAACAAUUCGGUGAUAGAAGCGGAAUUAAAUGAAACUGAACAAAAAAACGAAUAAUAACACCAUUAAUUAAAAUCAAACUGCUAUUAGAAGAUAAAUUAGAAAUAUAUGGAAUUUACGAUUCAGGCUCAAACGUUUCUCUCAUAAAUUCCAAGUUAUUGAAAUUAAAACGAACAGAAAAUAAUUUAAACAUAGCGGAUUUAGUAACGAUUAAUGGUGUUAAAAAGACAAGUGGCUUGACGAAAUUAAAAAUAAAAAUAUUUGAGGUAGAAGAAACAGUUGAUGUAUAUAUUAUCGAAGAACAAAAUUUCAAAUAUGAUUUUUUGAUAGGAUUGGACAUGAUAAAAAUGUUUAAACUGACCCAAAAUGAAGACUUAAAAAUUACCCAGAAACAGUACCAAAAGGACCAAAACGAAAACGAAGCGGAAGAAAAACAUACGAAAAUAGAAACAGUACAUACAGAAAUUAAAAAUCUGGAAAAUAAAAACAAGUCAAUAAAGGAGUACAGAAUAAAUUUUAAUGAACAUUUUAAAGAAGAAGAUUUUGAAAUAAAAAUAAGACAUUUAAAUGGACAUCAAAAAGCAGAA